CCCUAUUCAUGUGCUGCUAAUUAAGCACAUACGCUGCGCAAAUUUAUCAAGUGCGAGAGAGUUAUCACCUCACUGCUCACAACAAAAAUGGAUGACAGCUUCAGUGUACGGGUUGAGAAGGUGUUCGGUUCUCUGACGGCGACCUCCAAUUUGAGUUCUGUCUGGUCUUUAACCGACGAUGAGAUUGCCAAAAGGGAAUGGGAUAGGGAUGCAGAGCUACUCGACUUUGAUUCCAAACCCUGCCCUCCCCAUAUUGACGGCUUCUUCGCUAAAACCCUAGAUGAUGAUGAUGAAUCCGCUAUCCGCUCUGCCAUUGGUCUAGACUCCGCCCUUGACCAUGAGGAGGAGGAAGACGAGUUCGACAAAGUGGCUGUCGAUAGCGAAAAAGAGAAGCAGCAGCCUAGUGACCGCUUCUACAUGCGGGACGUCUCCGACUAUGGAAUUUCUGCAGACAUCUACGAUGAGCUUCCUCUUACUCUUCAGGACGUUAAGAGAGAUCCUCGUGCUAAUCACGAGGCCGCCAAGCUCAGGCUCAAGGAAGAUGCUGAGGCUGCCUUGAGAGAAGGUCAUUUGGGGUACAUGCCACCUCCUCAUCCUUCCAAGACAAAAGGCCACGAUGAUGCACAUUCUCCUAAAAAACUCAAGUUGAAGGAAGAUUCUAAACUGCCUCCUGAUUCAUCCAUUCCAGAUUAUAUAAGGAAUCCGGCCAAAUAUACUUGCUAUACACUUGAUGUCUCGGAUGAUAUGGAUGAAGAAUCCAAUAGAAAAGCCUACAUGGACUUUCUCAGUCUCAUGAAGAAACAAUCGCAGCUGGACGAUGAUAGCUCCACUAAUUUUCAGAAAUCACCCACAUUUAACCCUAGAAUGAAGCAGCCUGCUGGCACUAUCAUCAAGCAUGGCGUUGAGGCAGAGCAAAUGCAAGUGAAAAAUACAAUUCCCCUUGGCAUUGUUUCUGCCAUGGAAGAAGAUGAGUCGUCUAUUGCAGCCGACAGAGCUAGACCUGGAAGUUUCCAUAAGAGCGGCAGACGCUAUAGAACUAGGGCCAUUAUGAUGGAUACUGACGACUGAAAUGUUUGAUUUUCACUUGUGUGUAAUUCAUUUUGGAAAGUCUCUUGUCGUGCUCUGUUUUGUUCUUUUUUUUUAGACUAGAGGGAGAUUUUUCCUACCAGUGAACGUUAGUACAGCAUGAGGAAGUGAAAGUGCAGAGCAAUUGGCUAUUGUUGUGAAUCAGAGAGAUAUUCCAAGGCAGAAAUUUGAUUGCCUAA